AUGAUUUCCAGACGGAUUACCGUGACAAUCAAAGCCUUUUCAUUACUUUGGGCCCUCGUUCGGCCAGCUGUAGCGGAUGAUUAUCGUCCAGCCUUUCACUUCUGCCCGGCUGAGAAUUGGAUGAACGAGCCUAAUGGGCUGAUUAAGAUCAAUUCAACUUGGCACUUAUUUUAUCAGGCUGACCCAACGGCAAAUGAGUGGGGUAACGAGUGCUGGGGCCAUGCAACCAGCUCCGACCUACUCCAUUGGGAUCAUCUGCCUGUCGCCAUUCCAGUUGAGGAUGGGAUUCAAUCGUUCACUGGCACCUCUUAUUACGAUUCCAAUAACACGUCUGGCUUAGGCACCUCUGCCAAUCCGCCGUACCUUGCCUUUUUCACCGGGUAUGACCCUGCAAACAACGGAACACAGGACCAGCGCCUUGCUUCCAGCACGGAUCUCGGAAAAACCUGGGUUAAGUUUCCCGACAACCCAAUCAUAGGGAUAGCACAGGAAGCCCCUCAUGAUAUAAGCGGAGGCCUCGAGAGUCGUGACCCUAAAGUGUUCUUUCAUGUUCCGUCAGGGAAAUGGGUUAUGGUACUUGGGCAUGGCGGUCAGGACAAAUUGACAUUCUGGACGUCUUCAGACACCAAAAGUUGGACAUGGGUGAGCGAUCUGGCAUCAUCCCAGAUUCAGGGGUUCCCAUCUGAUAUCACUGGAUGGGAAGUGCCGGACAUGUUUCAACUUCCCAUUGAAGGUACCAAUGAGACCACUUGGGUGUUAAUUUUCACACCAGCUCAGGGAUCCCCGCCUGGUGGCAAUGGUGUUGUGGCGCUGACGGGCUCCUUUGACGGGAAAACUUUCGUGGCUGAUCCUGUUGACCCUUCAACAUUAUGGUUAGACUAUGGGCGCGAUUUCGAUGGUGCCCUGAGUUGGGAGAACGUACCUGAAUCAGAUGGUAGGCGCAUCAUCGCUGCUGUGAUGAAUAGUUACGGCUCGAGUCCUCCUACGACUACAUGGAAAGGGUUGCUCUCCUUUCCCCGGACGCUAACUCUCAAGCAAAUCGGUUCCAAGCAAUACUUCCUUCAGCAGCCAGUCACCGAGUUAAGUAAAGUCGAUAGUAGUCUCGCAAGCAUUCAGAAUCAAACUAUUACGCCAGACCAAACGUUGCUUUCAUCGGUUCAUGGAACUAGCUUGGAUAUUCGGGUUGCUUUUCAUAUUGACUCAGGUGCCACUCUGUCCCUAGCAGUCCGUAAGGGGGGAUCGGAGCAGACGGUCAUCCGAUAUUCCCAGUCCAACUCGACGCUCUCCGUUGAUCGAACAGCGAGUGGAGACAUCUCCUAUGAUCCAGCAGCGGGGGGUGUCCAUAGUGCGCAACUGGCACAGGACAACACUGAGCUAGUUCACAUCUGGGCGUUAGUCGACACCUGCUCCGUGGAAGUGUUUGGAGGGCAAGGAGAAGCAGUUAUAUCAGACCUUAUAUUCCCCAGUAGUACUUCUGACGGCUUAUCUUUGGAGGUGACUGGAGGGACGGCCACGUUGCAGUCUGUGGAGGUGUACUCCGUUUCACUUUGA